AGUCCAAUUUCAGACAAUUACCAUGAAACACUUUGCCGUUUGCGCCCUUCUAAUACUGCCGCUGGUCAGCGGUGGAUUCUUGCCACCCACACCCACCAGGCACUUUGUGGCGUACGAGAUCCAGUCCACCAACAACUUGCCCCAGAUGGAAGUCAUCGUCAAGAAGAUGCAGGCAAUGCUCCAGAACAUGAUUCCGGACAUGUCCGUCCUGGCCGAUGCUGUCGCCGUGCCCGACAUGUCCGUCCAGUCUGACGCCGGAGUGCUGCCCGAUAUGUCGGUGGCCACUGAUGCCGAUGAGACCCCCAGGAGGCGUUCCGCCCAGUUCAAGGUUGCCCCGAUCGCCGCCAAGGUUGCCGCUCCCAUGUUGGCCCAGGUCCCCGAUAUGUCCGUCCAGGCUGACGCCGGCUUGAUUCCCGACAUUUCCGUGGCCACCGAUGCUGACGAAACUCCCAAGCGCGCCUCCUUUGGCUUCAAGAAGCCUCUUUUGGACAGGAUUGCCGGUGCCAUUGCUAGCGUCGAUGCCGAUCUCAUUCCCGAUAUCUCCGUUGCCUCCGAUGCUGAUGAGACGCCCAGGAAAGCUAUUGCCGGUCUUAAGACCCUGCCAAAGAUGAUCAAAGUCUCCGGAGGCGAGCCAGUGGAGAUCAUGACCCACGCCGAUGCCGAUCUUAUUCCCGAUAUGUCCGUUGCCUCUGAUGCCGAUGUGACCCCCAAGAAGGCUGUUGCCGGUCUCAAGACCCUGCCUCAGUUGACCAAGGUCUCCGGAGCCGAGCCCGUUGUCCUUAAGGCUUUUGCUGGCCUCAAGACCCUGCCCCAGUUCACCAAGGUCUCUGGAGCCGAGCCCGUUGAGCUCAAAGCCCAAGCUGAUGCCGAUCUGAUUCCCGAUGCUUCCGUGGCUACCGAUGGUGAGGAUAAGGCUGGCAACCAGCUGCCCGAUAUUUCCGUCGCUGACGAUGCCAAAUUCGAUCCCAAGAUGACUCUGGCCGCCCUUUUGGCCAAGCUCCAUUAAUUGAUUUCGGAAUUCGUCAACUCACCCUGAUUAAAUCAGAAAUCAUCAAUAUCUAAAUGGUUGUUUGCUUUUGUAUUUAUAAGUUUUUGUAUGAUUGCCAAUAAUCAAUUUUUGAGAAAACCGUA